CGGUCGGAUUUUCAAGCCGACCACAUUUAGUACGCAAAACUCGGCCGCACGAAACAGUCUUUACAUACAGCCUCGUCACAUACACAGGUGACAAAUUCCCUAGAUGGUGACCGUACAGUGAAGCCCUCACCGUGCGUGCGUACGUGCGUGCGUACCCGUCUUUUUGGGGAGAAAGUGAGAAAAAAAAGAGAAAGACAAAUAAGCACGUAAAGUGUAGAACGCAUUAGAAAGUACAAACGAGUCAAGGACAUAAAACCAUUCGAAAACCAACAGUGAACAGUGAACUCAUACACGGACACAUACACCGAGUGCUCUUUGUGAAUAAAAAAAAAAACGCCAGGAAUUUUCCUUUUGUGAACGCCACCAACCAGCAAUGGCGGGUUUCACCAUCUACACGCUGCUGGUUCUCGGAACCAGCCUGGUAGUGUUGGGCUCGCAGCAUUCACCGUACUCGCUACAGGCUGCCAUUGAUGCUCUACAUCGCCGGGAAGCUCAGCUGGCACUGCGAGAAGAGGCCGCUGCCGAGCAACUGGACGACGAUGGCUACUGGAUGGAACCAACCGACGAGCAGCAACAACAGUUCCGCCCGAACCGACAACGGUUGAAUCGCAUUCUGGCAAACUAUUUGCGACGUCCGGACCAGGAAGACCCGGAAGAUGCUUACGAUCCGUACGAUUUGGACACACGGAAACGGUCCGUCUUUAGGGAGCGAGAUGAACAAUCAUCCUAUCCGACGGUGUUCCGUGAGCGAGAGUUGGAGAAAUCUUAUGCACAUCCCGACCUGUCCGCCGAUUUCUUGAAAGCCGUCAAUCGCGAAGCAAAUGCCGAGCGGGAAGAAGAGUUCCAGGAGCGUCUCCAGCAGCUGUGGGACAAGUAUCAGCAGGAGGAGAACGAAAUCGAACAGCGGCUCUUUGAGGAGGAACCACUGCAGGGUCCGGCAGGGUACGAAAAGCGGCAAGGAUUCCCGAUGUCCGAAUCGGAACCAUCUCCCGCCCAUUACGGGCCUCCGAUGCAGGAACGCAAGCGAACCCUGCCGAUCCUUCCCUGGCUGCCUGCUACACGCAAGAAGCGUUUCCCAGUAGCCAAACGAUCACCCAAACCGGAAGCUCCUCCAUCGGGAACGGACGAGAAGGUGGCGAAGGAUCUGCAAGCCCUUUUCGGCGCUCCGAUCGAGCAAAAGCGCAAACGAUCGAGCGAACCAGCACACGCACCGGUCAGUUCUACGGCAAGCUCGGGCACUUCCACCACGGUUGCAUCCCCCACAACGGAACGAGCGCUGGAAGCGAAUAAAGCGAAGCGAGAAUCGAGCGAUGAACAUCACGAGCAUAGCUCCGAGGAAGGACCGGACGAUGACGAGCACGAACACGAGCACGAUCAUGAGGAGUCGAGCGAAGAGUUUGAGGGUGAGGAUGACGAUCGGAAGAAGAAACGUUCCGUGCGCAAACGGUCCAAUCUGGAGGUGGUGAAGGAAGAUCAAAUUCUGCCCGGCGACAUUGGGGAGUUUAAGUCGAAGAAAUCGAUCCAGUGGAACAAGUACUUCGGUAUGGAUCGUAGGAAAAAGGAUGGCCGUAAUGGUGGACCCGUACCCUACCCGCUGAGCUUCUACAAGACGUACGACGAGGAUCGCAAAAAGAAGAACAUCAAUCAGGACAAGCUGGAAAGUAUGGCGCAGAAGCUGAAAGGCAUCGAGGAUCUUAUUCUGGACCAGAUGGUUAAGUACACGGGGGAUCAUGAAGGUUCUAUGACCGAACCGGAUGAGUUGGAAAAAUUGAAAGACAAGCUGGUGGCACGGUUGGCCACCGCGUACAGUAUCGAGAAGAUGCGCCACACGCUGGAACGGUUGAAGGAUUCGGUAAGCGAUGAUCAGCUGAAGCUGAACGAGGUGGAACCGGAGCAACCACGUGAAGAGAAGGAGAAAGCUAAGCGAGUCGCUGUCAAGAAGGAACGCGCUGAGUACGAUCACAGCCAACACAGCAUGGAAGGUAACGAAAAGGUAGCGCACGAAGAGGUGGAAAACAAUCUCGAUGAUGCUGAGGGUGAUAAGAAGAAGAAGAAGCGCACCCAGAAACGGUACCAGGAAAUAUUCCGAGCGCCCGAGGAGCCAGAGAUGGACGAUGAGUUUGGCCGAGGGCUGGUUGUUGAGUCCACUGAAUGUCCACUGCUAGAUGCGUUCGAGCGGCGAUGUCGUGGCGUGGACGUGCUUAGCGGUGACAUCUAUCAGGAGCUGCUACCAGCCUGCGGAGCCCAUCAACUAUGCUACCUAUGCGGUGUUUCCCCGAAAGUGUGCGAUCUACAGUAUCUGUCGGAGGCGGACAAUAUAUGCGAAAACCAACCGGACUGCCAGACGACCGCCCGGUCCGUGCUGAUGAUACUGCGCGGAUUUCCCGGCCCGCAGCUAGGUCCACGCGAGUGCGCCAAAAAUCCCUGCCUGUACCGGGCCAUGGUUGAGGUUGGUGUCGUUGUAAAUUAAUUGCCGCCGUUGGUCCCACGUCACCCACACCGGUUCACCAUUCCGAUAACGAUGUCUUGAUGUGAAGUUUGUGAAUUUGUUAUCUCGAUAAGUUUCCCAUUCAUGAGCACCCUGGUUAGCUUUCGGUGUGCAGUCGAACGGCUCGAAGCUGUACAGUGAACCGAUCUACUUGCCCCAAUGGUGCAAUAUAGCCCACACUAAGGCUACCCGAAGAACAACGAUGAUCAGUAUACCGAGAGAGAGAAGAAAAAACUGGUUCGCCAGAGAGCCGGAAAAAAGCGGAACCUUUCCUCAACGUGUGUAUUUGUACGAACGAACGGCUCUCCUUAUCGUGGAGCUCAUUUUUAAUCGCAUAUCGAUAACUAUGUAUGUAUGUUUCCAAAGCCACGCACAACGCCACCCCUUAAUGUCAACCGUCGCGGCAUCAAAGAUUUAUCACUGAUUUUUUGUGUUAUGGUUAUCAUGCUGCAUUACUGCAACGUACUUACUCUCUAGUUACUCAGCAGGCGUUACGUUGCUAUAGCAACCCAACCCAAACGCUCUCGAUGUAACCGAUCCGGCACAUCCGGAUGGGGUGUUUUCGUUCCACCUCGUUUAAGCGUAAGUUUGAAGGAGAAAAAAAAAGCAAAAGUAUAUAUAAAUGUGCUCGCUGUAUAAGUAAGAUUUUUGUCAACCAUUAUUUACAAAACUUAUAUAGUAAUUUAAAGAAAAACACAAACACACACGUACACAAGAAAAAAACCAAACUGACAAAAGCAAAGGAUAUUGAAAACCAGUAAUCGACUAGGUCGGUACGACCUUAUCUCUAGUUGUGAGAAUAAAAAAAAAGAAGAAACACAGAAAAAAUGCUAUAUACAUAUACAAAACAAAAAGCUAUAUUAUACUGAAUGUGUACUGGAUAAGUUUCUGAAACAAAUAAAGAAAAAUAAUAAUUUACAAAACAAACAGUAAAAAGAUAAGUAAAACAAAACCACACUAAAAAAAACGAAUACCCCAGCCUAGAACAGUGCAUUUUAAAACUGGAAGGAAAUGUAAACCGAACUUGUAAGCCCUUACAAAACGAACGAACGAAAUGGAAAGAUGGAAAGAAAAAAUGGAAAAGAAACAUACGAAAGUUAAAAAAACCUACAAUCCCGACAAUAAGAAACACAAAACGACGAAUGGAAAACAAUAAAACACACACACAUACACAAACAUUGGCCACCAACAUUAGAAGGCACACUUGCGGGCUGGGGUGUUUUUUAUGGUGAGUUCUAUGAAUAACAAACAGGAAGGAACGAAAGUUGGAAAAGCAAAAAAACAGUCUGAAGCUCUUGCUGAACUGGUAGGUGACUAGAUGAAGUAACACAAACUUACACACACACACGUAAAGACCCAUCGGGACACACCUACACACACCGACACACAUUCCGUUAAGAACUAAUGAAACUGAACUGAGUGCAGCUAUUAGUUUUAUGUGUCGGUUGAAGCAGAAACCAUAGUUUGCAGUGUGAGUGAAUGAAAACAAUAAAAUGUAAUACACAAUUAUAAACAGACGAACAUAAGCAAAUAUUCUACUACAAGGUUUUCCCCCAGUACUUCAAAAGCAAAAACAAAAACCCCCUCCCCCACACACUCCACAGUCGAUCGGUUUAGUAUGGGCGAUAGGUGAGAUACGGUGAACAUCUAAGUGUGCGUUAACGCUUUAAAAUACGUUUAAAACAUGAAGAUGAGUUUACACUGCGAAAACAUGUGUCAUUGUGAGGUACUUAAAGCAGGCCAUGAAACUUUUUGUUGAAGUAUACUAAACACACACAAACACAAGCGCGUGAAAAUUAUUAUUGACAGAAUAUGUACACUUAAAGGUGGAAUUUGCUCUAACAAUAGUUUCCCUUCAACAAAUUGACCGAUACACAGGCAGCAUACACAACCGAUCGACCUACAAACAAAAAAGUAAAACUACCGAUCGACCUACAAACGAAACCACACGAAGCAGAAUUGUGGUGUGGCUACAAACCACUAAACAAAUCAAUGCGGCAAACAGUCAGUAUUUGUUGAAAUCUAAAUAAACUUAACGAAAUCCCAAAA